GGGGCAGGAACUGGCAUGCUUCCUGAAAGGCGGAGCGCUUUGUGCGUGUCAUUCCGAGCUGCUUUGACUUUGCCGGCAUCCCUGGUUGCAGUCGAUCCGCGCGAGCUCCUCGCUCACAGGAGCGCUCCGCCGGCACCGCUGUGCCCUCAGCCCGACCCUUCCCUGCCCCUCUCCCCGCACACGACGGGCACAGCCCCGCACCUCCACGCUGCCGUGGCAGAAAGAGAGCGACUGAGCCCUUCCGUGCACCGAGACGUGACGAUCCAGCCGGGGGAUGAAGAAGUCCGAGCGCCACAGGGCUGCAAAUGGAAUGUGGGCAGAAGGAAAACCACCCUAUUGCUCUUUGUGAGUGGAGUGCUGGUGGGCGUCAUCGUCACGCUGGUGCCUGUGAUAGUGCUCCAGCGUCCGUCGUGCUCACCUCGCCCACAGUUCUCCCACGUGUGCCCCAACGCCUGGGUCGGUUUCCAAGGGAAAUGCCAUUAUUUUUCGGACACAGAGAGUGACUGGAACAGCAGCAGGGAGCACUGCCAGCGCCUCGGAGCUUCCCUGGCCACCAUAGACACUGUGGAGGAGAGGGCAUUCAUGCUGCGGUACCAGGGCCCAGCAAACUGUUGGAUUGGGCUGCACAGGGAAGAAGGGGACGAGCGCUGGACAUGGGCCGAUGGCAGCGCCUUCACCAACUGGUUCCAGCUGCGAGGCGGAGGCCAGUGUGCGUACCUGAACGGGGACAGGAUCAGCUCAGCCCUGUGCCACACGGAGAAGUACUGGGUGUGCAGCAGAGCCGACAGCUACAUCCUCUGGAGGAAUGGGACAUAUCCACAGUGACAGAUCCCAUCCGCAGCGAGCUCAUGCCAGUGCUGCUGGGCACUGCGGUUCCAUCAGUGUCUACUGGAAUCUGCCUCUUUCCAGCACUGCUGCAGUUGUUCUAGCAUAAAACCACUCAGCUCUCCUCCUCGUUCUCUCUCAGAAAAUACGCAUGUUGCACUGUGCCUUAAAGGGAGGGUCCUUCCAGGGUCCUUGAAGGUCACAGCACUGUGGGACAGUCGGGUCGCAAGGGUCAGGAUCGCUGCCCCCGACCCCUCCUGCAAGGACCUGGAGCAGCGCACCCAGCAGUGUGAGCACAGCAGAGAGCAGCGCUCCGUCCCGCCGUGCUCAGCCGCCGUUUCAUGCUCCAGGUUUAGGUUUUAUCCUCUACACUUAUCACCACUUACACUAUUAUUUUUAUUCUUGUUCUUCUUUUAUUUAAAUAAUUUAUUACAUUAUUUAUGUAGCAAUUCAAUAUAUUUAGAUAACCUGAUAUUAUAUGCCUUAUAGAACAAUAUAAUGUUUCUAGAAAUAGUAAUAAUUAUGACUGC